AUGUCGAGUCUGCACAGCAGCAGUGAAGAUGUGGCGAAGGUGACAGAGGAGCUCUCUCAUUGUCGGACACGAUUGGAUGCUGGAGUCCAAGAAAACAGAAGAAACAGGGACAUCAUACAAGGGCUCACUGACCAGAUCCAGAAGUUCCGACAACGCACUGCUCGAGACUCUGCACAACUCGUCUCACCUGUUCCACUUGCCUCCUCAUUGCCACAACUGACGAUCGAAAUGGCCUCGUCACCAUACAUUGACUACGUGGAGCCGUCGCACUCCUCGCCACGCUAUCUCAGCAGAACCUCGCACGCUCGGCGUUCGAGAAAUAAAAGUCUGACAAGGCUCGACCAGCCUGCCAGUUCUGUAGCGCUAUCUUCCUCCAUCGACGUUCGACAUGUCUAUUCGCCCAGAUUUCGCUCAUCUCCACGUCUUUUGCAGUACUCCGACGAACACUUGAAUUUGGAGGAGCAACAAAGUAUUGAUGAGCUCUUUUCUAGACUGAAGAGUGAGCUUUUCAAAAAUAACACACUGGAAGAAAUAAACGACAUGCUGCGUGAAGAAAACGAUGCCGCGCUGGCUGCAAACGACAAUCUCAGGCAGGAUGUGGUUGAGCUAACGAGAGCCCUCGAGCAGCUGGAGCAAAGCCAACGGGAUGACAGGGAUCGCUUUAAAGCAGAGAACACACGCUAUCGCAGCCAAGUUGAGCAUCAACAUCGCCAACUUAUCGACCUCUGGAAGGCAUUCACGGCUGUGAAACGAAAGGUUCGAGAGCUUCAUACAUCUACAGCUAAAGAUCUGGACAAGCAAAUGACGGAAUUCACUCGAUGCGCGGCCGUGAUGAAAAAAGCGAUCCGACACGCGGAAUUCAAGAACAACGAGUUACGCGAUAAAAUGGCGAAAGAAAAGGACGAAGUGUUGGAGGAGGUGAUGGCGAAGUACGAGGCUUUGUCAACUAGUCAGAUCGAGACGGAGAAACAACUGAUGGAUAAGACUCGCCAACUUCAAAAACUCCAGGACGAGCUUCACAGAACAAAGGAGCAGUGCGAGGAUGUGGAAAAUGCGAUUUCGCGGAUCUGCAACAUGGCUGAACUAAGUUCAGCACCCAUGCGUCUGCGUACACGUAGCGAGAGUCCAGCUACCCCUCACACUGCCAACGAUGCCAUGCGAAAAAUUAGAUCCGUACUGUCCGCAAAAUCAGCCCAACUACGAGAAGCUGACUCGAAGGUCGAGCACACUGAAAUGGAGCUGAAUCGUCUCAAGAAACAGCUAGAAGUUCACGAAAAAGAAAAGCGAUUUCAGAAAGAUCGUGACAAACAGCGGGAUGAGGAAACAACCGAAAGAGAAAUGAGGUUGUCGACAGUCGAACAUGAACUGCGCCGAGCCACCGAGCGUCUUCAAACAAUGGAGCAGGAGAAGUCUAUGAAAGAAGCUAUGUUGACGUCGUUACAAAAUACGAUAACAUCCACACACAGAAAUCACAAGGAGUUCAUCGAAGGUCUCAUGUCAAGCCAUCGCGAUGAGUUGGCAUCCAGGGAUAAAAUGCACGAAGCUGAACUGGAGGAGCGGUUGAAUGAGGAGCGUGCACGUGAAAGCAGAAUGCAAGCCGAGAUAGACCGCUUCAACGCAGAGCUCGAAAGCCUCCGCGAGCAGCUCCGAACUGUCAAGGCUGAGCAUUCAGCCGCUCGAAAAGCAGCUGACGAGAAAGACUUCACAAUAUCCACGCUUGAAGAGAACAUCUCACGAUUAAAGCACGACCUUGACAUGGAGCUGUCCAGACUAGACGCGAAGGAUACCGAAAUUACGGAGCACACCCUUCGCUUUGAAGAAUUGUCGGCGAAGGAACAACAACUGAAGCAAGAUUUAGCUGAGGCACAAGGAUUGAACACCGUUUUGAGCGAUGACAACCGGUCCUUGCAAGAUCAGUUGAUACAACUUCGUUCUGACGUCGACAAACUUCAGGACCAGCUCGACAAUGCAAAUCAGCACAGAGAGGAGAUGAAAUCGCAAAUGGAGGAAUCGCAGCAGUUAAACAUCGCUCAUGAACAACAGGUGCUCAAACUGAAAAGCACCGUGAGAUUAUUGGAAGAGAGAAUUGAGUCGGAUAAUGAAGAAGUAAGAUUAAUACGUGAGCAGCUAGACCACCAUCAAAAUCUCACAAAGGAAAGAAGCAACGAGUGCACUGAACUGGUAAAACAGCUGGAAGAAGUGAAGAGAGAACGCGAUGGUCUUCUGGAUGAUCUUGCAACAAUGCGGAACGAAGUUGCUACGGUGAAUUCGCGCUUGGCGCAAGCUGAAGGCGACGCUGAAAGACGUCGUGCCGAGGAUAGCGAGAAACGUUCGUUGAUGGACGAUCUUCGGUUGAAUUUCGACCGCCUCACCGCAGAAAUCAAACAGAAAGAGUUAGUAGUGGAAGACCUGAAGGAGCAAAUUAAAAUGUUGGAGUCUGCUUCUGCAGAAAAAGAGGAGUUUGCGAAAGCAGAAAAAAUUCGUACCGAAGAAAGUUUCGAACUUAAACAAAGAGAAAUCGAACAGCAAUGGAGCGAGAAACUUCGAGUGGUGAAAUCUGAAUUAGAACAUAGAGAAAAAGUGGUGAAGGAAUGCGAGCAUCGUUUGGAACAACUUACUCGUCUUCACGAGAAGCUCAUGGAAGAGGAGCAUAGUAUAACUUUAGAGAAUGCUGAGCUCAUAGAAAAACUCCAGGAGACCUCGUUAAAGCAUAAAAAGGAAAUGGAGGAUUUGAUUGAGCAGAACAAUCUUGACAGAGAAGAGUGGGAGAAUGAAAGGCAAGAGCUCGAAAAGUCGAAAAACACCCUCUUGAACGGUUUGCGGGCCGAUUUAACGAGAGCAGAGGCAGAAGUGAAAGAAGCUCACGCCCGUGAGGAAGCUCUUAGAGCCGAUUUGGACGAGGCCAAGGAGGAAAUGAAGGAGCUGUCACAGCGUAUUGAAAGGGAGAACAGGGACAAAGAAGAGCAGCAGAGUCGUCUAAGAGAACGCGAUGAGUCGCAGGAAAGAGCUCGGCUCAAUUUUGCUGCUCAGCUGGAAGAAAGCCAAGUGAAGCUCGUCAAAUCCGCUGCUCAUCUGGAAGAAGCGAAUAGAAAGAAGCAGAGCCUAGAAGGGGAAAUCGCAAAACUGGAGGCAGUUGUGACAAGAAAGACGAACUCGAUGAAAGAAAUGGAACAAAAAAUUGACGGACUAAUGGAGAGGUUACGAACAAGCGAAACACAAGAGCGACAGUACAAAGAUCGGUUGGCAGUCCUAGAGAAGGAGAAUAUUGAAAUGGUCGCUUCGAGAGAUAAACAGGCCAAGAGACUAGCGGAUGAGCAGAAGAAAACCACUGAAUUAGAGCAAAAACUUCGCGAAUUGAACAAGGGAAUGCAAAAUGCGCAGAUAAAAGUACGAUCUGAGAUGGAGCAGAGAAGUGAGCGCAGCGACAAAGUUAUAGUGCUCACGAACAAGAUUCGACAACUCGAAGUUCAAUUGGCCGACAAAACAGCAAAGAGUGACAUUAGCUCGGACUUGGUGAAAAAAAUGGAAUCGGACACUCAGAGUAUGCUCCAAGAGCUAAAUAAUCUAAAACAAGUUAAUACUGGGCUCGUACAUCAAAACACGGAGCUUCGUACUACCUGCAAAGCAUUGGACGAAGAACUUGCCCACGUUCGAGCUGCUCUUGAGAAAAAAACGACCACCUCCAAACAAGCGAUGGCUGAUCUCCUGAACAACUACAAAGAGUCCGAAAGGAACUCCGUGGAAAGGGCAGCUGAAUGUGAACAGCUCAAAGUUCAGCUUCGAUCUGCCAACGCGAAAGUGGAGCGUCUGGAGAAACGACGCAAUGAGUUGGAGUCACGACUAGAGGAGGGAGAAGCACGAAGUUCUGAAUUGAUGAAAAAGAUCCAUCAAUAUGAGCGAAGCGCGAAAAUGGCACUGAGCAUGGCUGGACCACAAACUCCACUCCGUCCCGGUCAAUCCAUAGUUGACAUAUCGAAAGCCACGUCAUCUUCAGGAAUAGGUGAAUCCGUCUCCGUCUUGCGAACGACAUCAAGCUCACACGACUUAUCCUUCAGAACAUCUCCGGAAAGAACAGUUCACUUCCACGAUUCGGAUCAACUAGAUAUUAGUUCUUCUAUGGAAAUCACCCUUCGGUAUCUCAAAGAACGUAUCGAGCAGUUGGAAAGGGAUAAGGCUGAACUCAACAACGAGUUGAUUUCGCACCGAAAUGAGAUGCAAAAAACUACCACCAGAAUGCAGGAAGCUGUCAAUGCGAUGCAGUCGCUGGAAAAACGCGUGCAGGAUUUGCAAAGUGAGAACGAAAAUCUCGAAUCACGUUUAUCGACUCAGAGACAGUUAUAUAUAUCGAACGAGGAGACAAUGAGGGCGAAGGAUCUGGAGCACCGAGGCUUGAAAGCGAAAAUCAUGAGCGCCGAGCUGCACCUCCGCGAAAAGGACAGCAAAAUCAACCAAAUGAUGAGCCAAUUGGAAGCCCUACGAUUGGAGCUUUCGCAGAUCGGAGCCGAAAGACAAAAGCUGACUACCAUUGCAAAAGGAGCAGAACACGAGAUGAAAGCCAUUGAGAACGAGAGCAGAAAAUUCCAGCAAGAACGUGAUCAACUUGCGAGGAGGUUGUCAGAAGUAGAGUCAGAGUAUAAGGUCUCACGAGUUCGGUUGAGUGAUGUUGAGCAUGAACUGGAGCAAGCAAAAAGGCUUCUCGAAGAUUCCAGGAGGCAACAACGGAAGGAAAAAGAGCACCUUGACAAGCUGCAGUCAGAAGAAAGACAAUGGAAGCAAGUGGCAGUUACAGCGAAGAAGACGUCGGAAGAAUAUCAUAAGUCAGUCUUCGAGGAGAGAAUCACUCAUUUACAACACAAUCAUGAUGCUCUUCUCUCAAGGAACGAUGCAUUAGCUGCAGAAAUUGACCGACUGAAAGCCGAGUUGCGUGAUUCAAACCAUCGGGUUGCGUUGUUGAAUCAGAAAUUGGCCGAAUCCGAACGAAUCGUUGACGAUGCGAACCAGUCGAAGAGAACUAUGACGCAGCAGAUUCUUGCCUUCCAGAAGACCGAAUCUGAGUGGAGUAAGUUGGAGCGUGAGAUGAGAGAAGAACUUGUGAUGUUGCGCAAGGAGAGGCUUGUGUUGACGUCGGAGCUGGAGGAAUUGAAACGUAAGCUGGUUAGAGUGGAGGUGGAGAAGAAAGAGUUGGACGGAUUCCGUGCACGCGCGGAUCGAGAGGUUGCGUCUCUCAAAAAACACAUCGAAGCGUUGGAGGAGGAGAAAUCACGGACGGAAAUAGCUGUUCGAAACACGCUCAGCGAGAGGAAGGCUAUAGACAAAUCACUGGCAGCUAUGGAGAAAGAGAAUACUGAGCUUUAUAGAAACUGUGCGCAACUCCAGUCACAGAUUGCUCAACUCGAACGAGAUGCUGGAAGCAGGAAUGUGUCUAAAAUGAUGAAAGAGCAGAGCGAGUUGGAGUCGAAAAUCUCGAAGCUUACAACGGAGAAAAGACAGCUUGAAAUGGUCAUUGAACAAAAGGAGCUGACCUUCGCGCACAAACGUAAGAUGAUGGAAUCGCAACUAUCACUUCUACGAGAUCAACUGGAGGCCGAGCAAAAGAGGCGACUCGGUUCGCAGCAUGGAGGCGGUGCUGGUCCUGCGCCUGAACGACAGUUCAGUCGAGCUUCGGAUCUUCGCAUGAGCAGAUCCAAGUCGAUCCAACGACAGAAAAACCCAUUUCGGGUCCACCGCGCGGUCUCAUGCGAGAUGUUCCAGCGGUCUUACCGGUACGAGGCGUCGCUUUCCUCGAUCUCAACAUGCUCGUACCUCACCAAUGACACCUCGACUAGUGUAGAGACCACCAUACUGUAG